AUGGCGUCACGGCGCACGGUCUACGACUACUCUCCAACGACAGACAUGGCCUUGUUCGUCGAAGCAGCUGAACGCCAGCUUUUGCAAUUAUUCAAGAAGAUAGACCGAGAGGUUCAUGAGUGGGGCACGAAAGACAUCCGAAGCGUCUUUCCAGCAAUUGCUGCCAAGUCCUACGAAACUCGCACUCGCGAUGGAAAACUGGACAAAGAGGAGCUCCAUGGCGCAUUUCAACGCGCCGGCAUCGCGGUCCCCUGA